AUGGCUGAGGCAGCUGCUUCCAAGGCAGACAAGCCUGAGAAGGAGAAGACGGAGAAGACGGAGAAGACGGAGACCGCCGCGUUUGUCCUGCGGCGCUGCGGGUCAACGCCAGUGCCGGGGGUGCUGCGCCCGGCGCCGGAGACCUUCAGCGUGCGCCACGGCCAGCGACUCGCCUUCGGACGCGAGGACACCUGUGACGUGGUGCUUCGACAUCAGCACGUGUCCAAAGUGCACGCAACCUUCGUCCUGCAGAAGUCCCCAGAGGGCGUGGGCCACAUGCUGCUGAUGCAAGACGGCUCCUCCAACGGGACCUGGAUCAAUGGGGCGAAAAUGACGCCAGGCAGAUUCCAACAGCUGGAUGCGGGCGACAGGAUCUCCUUCUUGGCGCCCACGGAGAGCCUGGAAGAAGAUCCUGCCACCUGGGAGGUGUGCGUUGGGUCUGCGCAAAGCGCUGCAGAAGCGAAGCGAACUCCUGACGUGAGGGUAGAGAAGUUGGAGAAGGUGAAGCCCAAGCAAGCCGCGGCCAAAGAGAAGGAGAAGGAAGCUCCCAGGCAAGCUGUGGCGAAGACUGUGGCGGACAGCCGAGAUGUUGCCCGCGAGGGCACAAAGCAAGUGAAGAAGCCGCCGGCGCCGGUCAAACCGCCGACGACGCCGGCGACGGUCAAACCUGCUCCGGCGCCAUCCCCAGCGCAGGGCGUGCCGCAAGGCGAGCCGCAAGCGCGGCCCAAGCAGAAGCGGAAGAUUGUGAAGGAGAAGCCCACCAACGUCAACGGCAAGCGCCCGGCCGAAGCCGCCGAAGCCGCCGAAACCGCUGCCGACGCCGCGGCGGCGGGCGCGGCUGAGGGCGCGCCGCGGCCCUCGAAGCUGCGGGCCGCUGCCAAGACGACGCAGAGGCGGCCCUUGGACGCCUUGGACGCGGAGGCCAUGGCGGCGGGCUACGCGGCGCUGGCGGCGGCCUAUGCGCAAGCGGCGGCGGAGGAGGAUUUGCAGGUGGAGGUGCCCGUCCUCGCGGCAGCCGCGGCCUCCGCCGCGCGCAUGGCCGAGCCCGACGGGAGUCAGAAUGGCACCGCGGCGAAAAGCGCCCAAGCUUCGGGGACAUGA